GCAGCUCUACAUCCGGUCGCUUCUAGCCGGGCGGAAGUGAUUUCUGCCCAGAUCGGAAAACAGCGCUCUUUUCCGGUGUCAAGACGCAGUUGGAAGAGCGACGCGGACUGGAGGAAUCGUCGGAGAGAUGACUCGGCACGGCAAGAACUGUACCGCAGGGGCCGUCUACACCUACCAUGAGAAGAAGAAAGACACAGCGGCUUCAGGCUAUGGGACUCAGAACAUCCGGCUGAGCCGGGACGCGGUGAAGGACUUCGACUGCUGUUGCCUCUCCCUGCAGCCCUGCCACGAUCCUGUCGUCACCCCCGACGGCUUCCUGUAUGAGCGCGAGGCCAUCCUGGAGUACAUCCUGCACCAGAAGAGGGAAAUCGCCCGGCAGCUCAAGGCCUACGAGAAGCAGCGAGGUGCCAAGCGGGAGGAGCAGAAGCAGCUGCAGCGUGCAGCCGCGCAGGACCAAGUGCGCGGCUUCCUGGAGAAGGAGGGGUCCAUCGUGAGCCGGCCCCUCAACCCCUUCACGUCCAAGGCCGCCACAGAAACUGGGCCAGAGGAUGCUCAGGCGGGGUCCAGCGCAGGGGCCCCAGGCAAGGACAAGGACAAGGACAAGGAGAAGGCGCUGCCCAGCUUCUGGAUCCCGUCCCUGACCCCCGAGGCCAAAGCUACCAAGCUGGAGAAGCCGUCCCGCACCGUGACCUGCCCCAUGUCGGGGAAGCCGCUGCGCAUGUCCGACCUGACGCCCGUGCGCUUCACUCUGCUGGACGACUCGGUGGACCGCGUGGGGCUCAUCACGCGCAGCGAGCGCUACGUGUGCGCCGUCACCCGUGACAGCUUGAGCAACGCCACGCCUUGCGCCGUGCUGCGGCCCUCGGGCGCCGUGGUCACGCUUGAGUGCGUGGAGAAGCUGAUUAGAAAGGACAUGGUGGACCCUGUGAGCGGGCAGCAGCUCACGGAGCGCGACAUCAUCACGCUGCAACGGGGCGGCACCGGCUUCGCGGGCUCCGGGGUGAAGCUGCAGGCGGAGAAGUCGCGGCCCGUGAUGCAGGCCUGACCGCUAGGACCCCCAAUAAACGGCCUGGACUCACA